AUGAUUCCUGGUAAUGUCUGGGCUUCUCUCAAUAAGCUGGCAGCCGAGCAUGGAAGCAAAGGCAUUUUCAAAAUCAUAGUACUCGGCAAACAGCUCGUCUUCAUCACAAACGCCGCUCUCCUGGAGGAGAUUAGCGACGAGAAACGCUUCCAGAAAAGUAUCACUGGCCCCAUCGUUGAGAUUCGUCGCUUGGCCAAUGAUAGUCUGUUUACUGCCUACGAGCAUGAGAAGAGCUGGGGCAUCGCACACCGCAUCAUGGCCCCCUUUGUGCUGCCGGGGGCCGUCAAGGCAAUGCAUGAAGAUAUCGAGACCACCACAAAUGAUCUCAUCAAGAAAUGGACGACGAACGAUACCGACGGGCGUGUGAAUGUCUCCAAUGAUCUUGAUCGACUCAACCAUGCCGCCAACACACAGUGUUUCUUCAGCCAACGCGUCGAUUGCGUCUUGGGUGAUGAGCCCGCCGUGAUCAAAGCGAUGUCAGAUACCACUUUCGAAGCUGUUCGUCGACCCACGCGGCCAAAGGUUCUCACUUGGCUCCGUUAUCAGAGUCAAUUCGACAACGACAUCAAAAUCUGUCGUGACUAUUGCGCGCAGAUCAUAGCAAACCGACGUAACAGUCCAGUUGAAAAAGACGAUCUCCUCCAUGCCUUGCUUAACGGAAAGGAUGAAGAGACCGGCGAAUCGCUCCCAGAUAGUCGGGUUAUUGACGAGAUAAUCAAUAUCUACAUCGGCAGCGCUACGGCACCCAAUCUAGUCACUUUUGCGCUUUACUACCUGGCCAAGCAUCCGAGUGAAAUCGUUCGUGCCCGCGAGGUGAUUGAUUCUCUCGUCAGCUCUUCGGACGGACUUCAGCACUCUGAUCUAGCCCAGCUGCAGUACUGCACAGCUAUCCUUCGCGAAUCCUUCCGUCUCUGUGCCACGGCGCCGGGAUUCAACAUUGUGCCCUUGCCCACUGAUGGGCCGGUGCUACUGGGUGGGGGCGAAUACGAGAUCCCCCAAACCCAGACUAUGAUUGCAAUUCUCUCCGCGGUGAACCGCGACCCAGCUGUCUUCGAAGAUCCGAAUGCCUUCAAGCCGGAACGCAUGCUCGGAGAAGCAUUUGACAAGCUCCCUGCUGGGUAUGCAUGGGAGUGGUCAUUGCAUGUGCUUAUUCGCAUCCUCAAGGAAGUGGAUUUCGAGUUGGCGGAUAAAAACUACUCCUUCGAUAUGGAAGGAAAGAACUUCAAUGGAGCUUUCAGUGUGAAACCAUAUGGAAUGUUCGCAGUGACGAAGAGGAGGAACUAA